UUAACAUAGCAGAAACGACAUCACCGUAUUCUCACUUAUGAGAAGGCGGAGGACCGUCUGUCCUUCAUUUUGUGAGGUUAGGUUAUGUUCAUCAUCAUGUAAAUAAACACUGCAGCAUUACAGCUGUUCGGCGAGAAAUUUGAUUAACUCGUGUCUGCCUCCAGAAAGAAAAGUGUAGCUCAAUAUGGAGAAGCUGCACCUGUCGUUGUUACUUGGACGUCCAAGGUUGAUGUGUCUCACACUAUGCUUAAUAUUGGCAUUACAAGAGAGCAGAGCAGAUGAAGGUACUACCUCAUUAUUUAAAAAAUAUAGUGGUGGAUAUUUUGCUGAAGGAGGUGGGCUUUUGCCCAACUUGGGAUCAGUAACUAAACGUAAAGUUACUGCCAGGAAAAAAGCACCAGAGUCUUUAUCAGCCGAGAAUGCCACUGAAAGUGAACCAUUAGGAAACAUGAAGAUACCAGAAAUUAAAAUUGCAAAUCUGACUGUAAAUCCUGCUCCAAUAGGAACAAAUAUUUCACAUCCACCAGAGGUGAAGGGUCUAGAUGUUGAUCUUCCAAGUAAUUUGACCCAUACUGAUCCAUCAACAACAGCUUCUGUUAAGAGUCUUAUUGCUGCAGUUAAUGUAUCAGGUUCUGUAGGUAAUAUAUCAUCAACAUUGCCACCCAAAAAGAAGGGGAAACCAGGGGUAACAUAUGAUGAAGAUGAUUUGCCAAGGGAUGCAGAUGGCAAAGUGGUUUUACCCAAAGAUAAUCUCAUUGGUUCGGGUCCAUCCUUUGAUUAUGUUGUGCCAAUAGUCAUAGCAAUGUUAGCUGUACCAUUUGUUGCUGUUGUAGGCGCAUUUCUUUACAAGAAAGGUCGUGAUUUCUGGGACAGACGGCAUUAUCGAAGGAUGGAUUUUUUAAUUGACGGGAUGUACAAUGACUGACAAAUUUGACACUGCUGUGAUAAGUGACAAGCUUCUUUUAUUCUUGGUUUUACUUGAUAAACCCUCAAAAGUUCAAAAGGAUUUUAAAAGUUUUCUUUUAUUUCAAUUUUAAUACCAACUGUAGGGAUUGGCAAAUGGAAUGUUUAUUUUCAAGUAAUCUGUGCUAUGGGUUGCAGGAGGAAGGUCACAAGGUCAUGCCCCCCCCCCUCCCCCCCAAAGGUCCCCAAAGGACCCCAAAGGACCCCUCAAAGGUAUAUUUUGUAGCUACUUAAUGAGUAAGGCGCCCGAUAAGUAAGCAAUUUGCUGUCCAAUUCUCCUGUAACUAAGCACGAAAUGACCUCCUCAGAAGUGUAAUCCAGGGUAUGCUGCUGACAGGUUGAUGAAUUUACGUACAAAAUACCCUCAUUAACAAGUAACCCAUAAUGCGAUUUAUGAAACACUUUGUCUUACUGUACUCUUUAUACUCUCUUUAACAUUUGUCCUAUGUUAGGAAAAACAAAAUUAUUCUUUUAAAAUGAAUUAUGACUGAAAACUGUAUACCUUAACUCUGUAUAAAUCUUAUUAGAACUGAAAAUUCAGUACUGUUACCACAUAAUUAUCACCGUUUGAAUGAUCAAAUGCCGUCAUCAAAUAUUGUGUUGAGAUUUGAUACUAGGGUAGACGUAAACAUUAACUUUGAUGAAGAAAAAUCUCUUCCUAUCUGUGAUCAUUUAAUAUUAGGUUGCUUGUGUUUUUUGUUUUUUUCUCUAUCAAUUGCGUAAUUAGUGAUUUAUACCAAUCCAAGAUGCUCCGUGAUUGUUCCCUCUCAAAGAUUGUGACAUCUGUGAGAUCUGCCCAAUUAGAUAUAUUUGUGAUACUUGGUUUUGGCUCGAGCCAGUUCUACAUUGUGUGUAUGAGAAGAAUGUGAUAAGGCAAAUGAAAAAGGUAAACAAUUAUUACAUUUAUUUUGUCAUUGUAUACUGUACAUAAUGGUAUAAAUUCUGUCUUGCUUGAACUGUAAUUAAGUAUAUGUGAAACAAGUACUAAAUGAAAAUACAGUACAAUUAUGUAAGAAUGUUUUUCUUCAAUUUUGAUCAUGUAGUUCCCAGAAGUGCUACAUUAAAUGUAAAAAUGUAGAAUACUUAAAUUACUUCAGCCAUUAACAUUCAUUCCAUUCAAAGGACCAGCAGCACAGUUAAAGUGCAGCAUUUACUUUUCACUGUGUGUGUAAUUUUAUUUGUAAUGCUGAGGAAAUUAUGCGCAAAAUUCAUUUAUCCUAUCUUGCUGUGGAAAAGUUUGCAAUCAACGCAAAGAUACCUUCCUGAUUCCAAUUUUUUUGUUUGGACUGUAGCAUAUAGGGUGUGUGAGAAGCAUACCAUUUAUUGAACUCCGUUUUCCGGGCACUAGAUCUAAAGUCAUAGGGUGAGGGUAGAAAAUGUGAAUGUGCAAUGCUUCAAUUAGAACUAUUAAGAUGACAUAAUAAAUAAUGCUAAUAUCAAAA